UCAAGUGCAACACUAAAGUCGUGUUAUCAGUUACCUUUAAAAAUGUAUAAAAGUAAAUAAGAAACUCAUGUAAUAUUCGGUUAAUUUAACGAAAUGUUUAACUCAUUUACUUGACUAAAUUCAACUACAGACGACAUGUUGAAAUACGGUGUAAUAUUUAUUGCAUAACGAUGAAAUAGGUUAUUUUUCUAUAGAAUAUAAUAAAUUAAUUAAUUAAAAGCAUAAAAUCUAAAUCAGUGCCAUGGAAAAUAAAGGAAAACAACCACAUAGCAAGUCUUACUUCGCGCCAUUAUUUGCAGGCGCUGUAGCCGGUGUUUCAGUAGAUGUGACCCUCUACCCGUUAGACACGCUCAAAACUCGGUUGCAGAGUCAACAGGGAUUCCAUAAAGCCGGCGGUUUCUCUGGAGUUUAUAGAGGCUUACUAACAGUGGCAACAACGUCUAUACCUACAACGUCAUUAUUUUUCAUGUCAUAUGAGACCACUAAGAAAGCAAUUGAACCGAUGGUGAAGACUCAGUAUGCCCCACUUGUGCAUAUGUUGGCAGCGAGUGUCGGGGAAGUGUUAGCCUGUAUUAUCAGAGUUCCUACCGAGAUAGCAAAACAAAGGAAACAAACGUACACCGGCUCUGAGAAGCGCAGCAGCAUCCGGAUACUUGUGCAUGCAUUUCACACAGAUGGUUUCCGCAAUGGGGUAUAUCGUGGCUUCUUGUCCACCGUUGUGAGAGAUUUGCCGUUCAGUUUUAUCGAGCUGCCGCUGUGGGAGCUGUUCAAAACCCUAAUCAAAGACAGGAAUGAUGGACAGAUUACAAGUUUUCAGAUGUGCGCAGAGCGGGCUGAGCGGGUCGGCGGCGGGCGCGCUGGCGGCGGCGGCCACCACGCCGCUGGACCUCGCCAAGACGCGCAUCAUGCUGGCCGACGACUACGCCGCCACGCGCAAGGUGCGCAUCCGCCCCGUGCUGGCCGACAUCUACCUGCAGGCCGGCCUGCGCGGCCUGUUCGCCGGCGUCGCGCCGCGCAUGACGGCCUUCAUGGUGGGGGGGUUCGUCUUCUUCGGCAUCUACGACUAUUCGAAGAAUUUGUUCGAAAAGUAUUUCGACAGAUAGCCUCUGUGCUCUGCGCGCACGGAUGGACGGACUGUUUUUUAUACUAGUGCAUAUUUGCGGUUGUUAUCGUAGUCACCGAAGUUUCUUUUUUAGAAACGUAUCUUUUAGAUACAUAUUUAGGUUGUAGUGUGUUAAAUUACAAUAAAGAUUUUUUUUUUUACAAUUUUGCUAUCGAUUUAAAGUAAGGCGCAUUGAAUGUUACGGAGACGCGGUCGUUUGUUUAAAGUUGUGGUAUUAAUUUAUUAUGGUAUAAAUAAAUUAUACGUUGACUUGUUAAUUUAAUCGUUAAAGUUUAUAAACAAAUAUUUAUUAAUAAAUGUUGAAAGAAU